UGCCUCCGGACGCUCUCAAGAUGGCGACCUCUCUGGGUUCCAACACCUACAACAGGCAGAACUGGGAGGAUGCGGACUUCCCCAUCCUGUGCCAGACGUGUCUGGGAGAAAACCCGUAUAUCCGAAUGACCAAAGAAAAGUACGGGAAGGAAUGCAAAAUCUGUGCCAGACCAUUCACAGUGUUUCGCUGGUGUCCCGGAGUCCGCAUGCGUUUCAAGAAGACUGAAGUGUGCCAAACCUGUAGUAAAUUGAAGAAUGUCUGUCAGACUUGCCUCUUGGAUCUGGAGUAUGGCCUGCCCAUCCAGGUUCGUGAUGCAGGGCUGUCUUUUAAGGAUGACAUGCCAAAAUCAGAUGUCAACAAAGAGUACUACACACAGAAUAUGGAAAGGGAGAUUUCUAACUCUGAUGGAACACGGCCAGUUGGCAUGCUGGGGAAAGCCACAUCCACCAGUGACAUGCUGCUCAAACUGGCAAGGACCACACCCUACUACAAAAGGAAUCGACCCCACAUUUGCUCCUUCUGGGUGAAAGGAGAAUGUAGGAGAGGAGACGAAUGUCCAUACAGACAUGAGAAGCCUACAGAUCCAGAUGACCCCCUUGCCGAUCAGAACAUUAAAGACCGAUAUUAUGGAAUCAAUGACCCUGUGGCAGAUAAGCUUCUAAAGCGGGCUUCAACAAUGCCUCGUUUGGACCCGCCAGAGGACAAGACUAUCACCACACUAUAUGUUGGUGGUCUGGGCGGUACCAUUACUGAGACAGACCUAAGAAAUCAUUUCUACCAGUUCGGAGAGAUUCGGACGAUCACCGUGGUGCAGAGACAGCAAUGUGCUUUCAUCCAGUUUGCCACAAGGCAGGCUGCUGAAGUGGCUGCGGAGAAGUCCUUUAAUAAGCUAAUUGUCAAUGGCCGUCGACUUAAUGUGCAAUGGGGAAGGUCCCAAGCAGCCCGAGGAAAAGAAAAAGAGAAAGACGGAACCACAGACUCUGGCAUUAAGCUGGAGCCUGUUCCAGGCCUGCCAGGAGCUCUUCCCCCUCCUCCUGCAGCAGAGGAAGAAGCCUCUGCCAACUACUUCAACCUGCCCCCCAGUGGCCCUCCAGCUGUGGUGAACAUCGCCCUGCCGCCACCCCCUGGAAUUGCCCCACCCCCACCCCCAGGUUUUGGGCCACAUAUGUUCCACCCAAUGGGACCACCUCCUCCUUUCAUGAGGGCUCCAGGACCAAUCCACUAUCCUUCUCAGGACCCUCAGAGAAUGGGAGCUCAUGCUGGGAAACACAGCAGCCCCUAGCACAUUAUCACCAUUCUGGGGCUCUACAGAAGACAGGGCGCUUAAAAAUCCCAGUAAACGAAUCUUGGAAUAAAUAUAUUUUUCCUUC